AUGAGUGUUACAAUGUUCACUGUUGGCUAUGGAGAAAUAGUACCAACAAGUAAGAUAUUCACUAUAAAAAUAUAGAUCCAAUUGAGAAGAUAUUUUGUAUUUGUUAUAUGUUUCUAUCAACUUUGCAAUUAUCAUUUUCUGUAAAUACAAUAGGAACUAUAUUGACUUAAAUCAAAGAGAAUAAUGAGAAAAUUAGAUAGAAGAUGACAUGUAUAAAUGAAUAUAUGAGAGAAAAAUAAAUUAGUUAAGGUUUAUAAUAUAAGUAUUUAUUAAAAAUAUUUAGAUUAGAGUGAGAGAAUAUUUCAAUUUUUAUUGGGAAUAAGAAAUUAUAUAAAAAAGAAAUGAAUAAUCUGAUCUGAUUUAAUUGUUACCAGAAGAAUUGUAAACAAAUCUCAAAAUUGAAUCUGCUUAAGUUUUAUUAAAUAAAUGUGAAUUUUUCAGGUAAUUCUUCUCUUAAGAAUGUUUACAUCAACUUCUUGAAAAAGUAGAAUUUAAAACAUAUUAACCUGGCAUAGUUAUUGAAAAUAAUAAUCUUAAUAUAUUCAUUAUAGAAUAAGGUCUAGUUGAAGUUAAAUAAUAAAAAGUAUUGAUUUAUACAAUAUAAGAGGUAAUUAUGUUAUUUGAAAGAUAAUGAUUAUUUCGGUCAUUUGGAAAUGAAAAGUAAUUAAUCAUCUACAUUGUAAUAUAAAACAGCCUCAUUUUGUAGCAUAUUAAUAAUUCCUAAUUAAGGAAUAAGGGAAGUUAUAUUAUAAAAUGAAAUUGAUUAGGAAUAAUAUUAAAAAAUGAAAGAUAUUACCUAUUGUUAUAUUUGUCAAGAUAAAAAUCAUAUGAGUCAUGAAUGUUACCUAGUUCAUUUUGUACCAGAUAAAGAAAAAGUCAUUAAAUCACAUAAUUUUAUAUAGGAUUAAUUUCGAGAUAGCUUCAAUAGAACAAGAAAGAGACAUCAUUUUUCUGCUUCUUAAGAUUUUGAAUUGAUUUCAAAUUCAGCCAAAAUAUAUCAAAUAGAAAAUGAUUAAAUAAUUGAAUAAUUAGUACCUAAUUAUGAAUAAAAAUAAUCAAUUUAAGGAUUGGAGGAUUGUUAAAAUAAUGAAAGAGUUAAUUAAAAUGAUAAUCAUUAAAGGCAAAAUAAAUAUUUAUGUAAGGCUUAAGUUUCUAUAAAUAUGGUAAGAACAUAAACAAUUGAUAUUUUAAUGAAUGAUAAUGGUAUGAAAGAGAUGUAUGAAUCAAUUAAAUAGAAAUAUUAAAAUAUUCAUAAAUAUACUCAAUAAUAAUAAAAUGAUCUUUAAAUGUUUUAUAAAUAGUUGACUAACAAGGGAGAAGAGAAUAUAGAUAUUUAUGAUAAAAUCCAAAACUUACAAUACAAUAAAGAUUGGAAUUUAGAGAAUGUGAUUAGGAAAAUUAAUAGAAGUUAUAAAUAAGAUUUUCAUCAAUCUGUAAUAGAACAAUUUUAGAAGUAUAUGAUGUAUCCAAAUUUAUUUGUAUCUUUGUAUAAGAGUAAAAAAAUAAAAACAUAAGAAGAUUAGGAAAGGCGAAAUGCAUCAGUUAUCAUUCAAUAAUACAAAUAAAGUAAAUAUGUUAAUAUAUGAUAUAUAAGAUCUUAGAAAUCUAAAGAGAAGAAAUGGAAGAAUUGUACCUUAAUUAAUAUUUAAUAUAAAUUAAUGAAUGACAAUAAGUAGAAAGAUCUUGAGAGUCCAAUUUUUUCAGUUGUGUGUUUUUCUGAUUCUGUUUUAGUGAGCUUAGGAGGAGGAGGAAAAAGAUAUGGAUUGGUUAAUAGUCUAGUAUACUUUCAAUAAUCAUUAAGCAAUUAUUUCCAAAACCUAUAUAUGGAAUUUUGAAGGAUCCUAUUAAUACUUUAUAAUUAGGAGAUGAGAUAUUUCAAAGAUUAAGAUUAAAUAUGAGAACAGGAUUAAUUGUAGGAAAUAGCGAUGAUUAAUGUGUGAUAUUGAAAGUUUAAGAUAACAAGAUUUCAAUUGUAACUAAAUUUUAGACUGACAGAGCACCAAAAGAACCUUGUUAAAAUGAUGGUGUUUUCAAUUAUUAAGGAGAUACUUUAGCCACAGGUGGAGAAGAUGGAAUUUUGAAAGUUUGGAAUAAAGAUUAUUAAUUGAAAUACACAGUGGAUAUGAAAGGCAAAAUUUAAUCAUUAGAUUAUCAUGUAGCAAAUGGAAUGGUAAAUCUAAUUUUGACAAUAGCUAAUAGUUGCCACUGAUAAUGAAGAAUGUAAAAUAUUAAAAGAUAACCACGUGUUGCAUAAAUUAGAUAUUUCAUCAAAUAAUAUCCAUAAAUUACAAUUUCAUUCAGCUCUAUUCUCAUUAGAUGGUAAUACAAUAUUUACAUUCAAAAAUCCUAUGAGAGGAUCCUCCUAUAUGACAUGUUGGAGAAUUGAUAAUGAUAAUAUUAAACCAUUAAAAACAAUUAAAGUUCAUGGACAUCCAGUAACUAGUACUUGUUAAUCAAAAGAAGGUAUGUUUAUAGGUAUUGGAUGUUCAGAUGGAACUGUAAAAAUAAUAAAUGCAAGGUAUUAUAGAUUUACAUAUAUUAAUUUAGAAAAUUAGAUAUUGAAUCUAGUAAAUAGGCUCAUGAACUACCAUGUACAGCAUUAUGUUUUACUCCAGAUUCUAGAUUUGUUAUAUCUGGAUCAGUUGAUGCCAAAUACAGUUUUCUCUAAAAUACAAGACCUUAAGGAAUGUUUUCUUUANAUAUAUAAGAUCUUAGAAAUCUAAAGAGAAGAAAUGGAAGAAUUGUACCUUAAUUAAUAUUUAAUAUAAAUUAAUGAAUGACAAUAAGUAGAAAGAUCUUGAGAGUCCAAUUUUUUCAGUUGUGUGUUUUUCUGAUUCUGUUUUAGUGAGCUUAGGAGGAGGAGGAAAAAGAUAUGGAUUGGUUAAUAGUCUAGUAUACUUUCAAUAAUCAUUAAGCAAUUAUUUCCAAAACCUAUAUAUGGAAUUUUGAAGGAUCCUAUUAAUACUUUAUAAUUAGGAGAUGAGAUAUUUCAAAGAUUAAGAUUAAAUAUGAGAACAGGAUUAAUUGUAGGAAAUAGCGAUGAUUAAUGUGUGAUAUUGAAAGUUUAAGAUAACAAGAUUUCAAUUGUAACUAAAUUUUAGACUGACAGAGCACCAAAAGAACCUUGUUAAAAUGAUGGUGUUUUCAAUUAUUAAGGAGAUACUUUAGCCACAGGUGGAGAAGAUGGAAUUUUGAAAGUUUGGAAUAAAGAUUAUUAAUUGAAAUACACAGUGGAUAUGAAAGGCAAAAUUUAAUCAUUAGAUUAUCAUGUAGCAAAUGGAAUGGUAAAUCUAAUUUUGACAAUAGCUAAUAGUUGCCACUGAUAAUGAAGAAUGUAAAAUAUUAAAAGAUAACCACGUGUUGCAUAAAUUAGAUAUUUCAUCAAAUAAUAUCCAUAAAUUACAAUUUCAUUCAGCUCUAUUCUCAUUAGAUGGUAAUACAAUAUUUACAUUCAAAAAUCCUAUGAGAGGAUCCUCCUAUAUGACAUGUUGGAGAAUUGAUAAUGAUAAUAUUAAACCAUUAAAAACAAUUAAAGUUCAUGGACAUCCAGUAACUAGUACUUGUUAAUCAAAAGAAGGUAUGUUUAUAGGUAUUGGAUGUUCAGAUGGAACUGUAAAAAUAAUAAAUGCAAGGUAUUAUAGAUUUACAUAUAUUAAUUUAGAAAAUUAGAUAUUGAAUCUAGUAAAUAGGCUCAUGAACUACCAUGUACAGCAUUAUGUUUUACUCCAGAUUCUAGAUUUGUUAUAUCUGGAUCAGUUGAUGCCAAAUACAGUUUUCUCUAAAAUACAAGACCUUAAGGAAUGUUUUCUUUACUAUCUAAAUUUUGGUUAUUAGGUAUGUUGUUAGCAUACUUAUUUAUUGUAAUAAAGGAUUUGUUUGAAUGA